UUGCAUUCUGAGUGAAAAAUCUGUCGUCCUGCGGUUAGUAUGACGAAACCCUAAGAAAGCUAUUUUUUUUUGGAAGUUCAGCAGGGAGACCAACCCUAAUUUCGCCGUCUCAGUUGCAGUCUCUCUCUCUUAAUUCUUCAGCUUCAGCUCAGUUGGCAAAAACACUUUUUACUCAUUGAAAAAUUCCAGUUCUCUCUCUCUCUCUCAUGGAGGAAUCUCCAAUACCUGGAAAACGAAAAGCAGAGGAUGAUCCUGAAGCCCCCAAAAGCGAAACUGAAUCAGACCCAAAGCGCAGAAACAUUUCACGUUCAUGUGUCCAUGAAGUUGCAGUCCCUUCUGGUUACUCUUCGACCACAGAUGAAUCCAUUCAUGGGACCCUCUCUAGCCCCUUUUUCAAAGGGGAAAUGGCAAAGACCUACCCAUUUACCCUAGACCCAUUUCAACAAGUAUCCAUUGCCUGUUUAGAGAGAAAUGAAUCAGUUUUAGUUUCAGCUCACACAUCAGCUGGUAAAACAGCAAUUGCAGAGUAUGCGAUUGCCAUGGCAUUUAGAGAGAGACAAAGGGUUAUUUAUACUUCUCCAUUAAAGGCAUUGAGUAACCAAAAGUACAGAGAACUAGCCCAAGAGUUCUCUGAUGUUGGGUUGAUGACUGGAGAUGUCACCCUCUCACCCAAUGCCAGUUGUUUGGUUAUGACCACUGAAAUUCUAAGGGGAAUGCUUUAUCGGGGUUCCGAGGUUUUAAAGGAAGUGGCUUGGGUUAUUUUUGAUGAAAUUCACUAUAUGAAGGAUAGAGAGAGGGGGGUGGUUUGGGAAGAGAGUAUAAUAUUUCUUCCUCCUGCUAUAAAGAUGGUUUUUCUAUCAGCUACCAUGUCUAAUGCCACUGAGUUUGCAGAGUGGAUAUGUAAGCUACAUAAGCAGCCUUGCCAUGUGGUUUACACUGAUUUUAGGCCCACCCCACUUCAACAUUACGUGUUUCCUAUGGGUGGGUCGGGUCUUUAUCUCAUUGUUGAUGAGAAAGAACAGUUUAAGGAAGAUAAUUAUUUGAAAUUGCAAGAUACUUUUGCGAAGAAGAAGACAGUAGCUGACGGUAACAACAACUGGAAAGGUGGAGGGAGGAUAGCUAAAGGGGGCUCAGCUUCAGGGGAUUCUGACAUCUAUAAGAUUGUGAAGGGACCAUGGUGCAUAUGCAUAUUAUUUGUAGUUGACUUCGCAAUGAUACUUUUUUCUCAGAUGAUCAUGGAGCGCAAAUUUCAGCCAGUAAUUAUUUUCAGUUUUAGUCGAAGAGAAUGUGAGCAACAUGCUUUGGCUAUGUCCAAACUUGAUUUUAACAGCCAAGAGGAUAAGGAUGUUGUGGAACAAGUUUUUAGAAAUGCAAUACAAUGCCUUAGUGAGGAGGAUAGAAGUUUACCUGCAAUUGAACUCAUGUUGCCACUUCUCCAACGAGGCAUUGCGGUGCAUCACUCAGGUCUUCUUCCUAUAAUUAAAGAAUUGGUGGAGCUUCUCUUUCAAGAGGGACUUGUGAAAGCUCUUUUUGCUACGGAGACUUUUGCCAUGGGUUUGAACAUGCCUGCGAAAACUGUUGUCUUCACAUCGGUCAAGAAAUGGGAUGGUGAUAGUCAUCGAUAUAUUGGUUCUGGUGAAUAUAUACAGAUGAGUGGCAGAGCUGGACGUCGUGGGAAGGAUGAACGUGGUAUUUGUAUCAUCAUGAUCGAUGAGCAGAUGGAAAUGAAUACUCUCAAAGACAUGGUUCUUGGAAAGCCUGCACCUCUAGUCAGUACUUUCAGGCUGAGUUACUACUCUAUUCUGAACUUAAUGAGCCGUGCUGAGGGUCAAUUUACUGCUGAGCAUGUGAUCAAGAACUCCUUUCACCAGUUUCAGUAUGAGAAGACAUUGCCAGAUAUUGGACAAAGAGUUUCCAGCCUGGAGAAAGAAGCUAGUAUGCUUGAUGAAUCUGGGGAGGCUGAUGUAGCAGAGUACCAUAAGCUGAGACUAGAUAUUGCUCAACUUGAGAAGAAGAUGAUGUUGGAAAUAACUAGACCUGAAAGGGUUCUAUGUUUUCUUCUUCCUGGUAGGCUGAUUAAGGUUAGAGAUGGUGGAACUGAUUGGGGAUGGUGUGUGGUAGUUAAUGUGGUAAAAAAGCCACCUGUGUCAUCAGCAUCGGUGCCUUCUGCACUAGCCUCUAUGCGCUCCACUAGUUAUAUAGUGGACACUUUGCUACAUUGUGCUUCUGGUUUAAGUGCUAAUGGUUCUCGCCCAAAGCCGUUACCUCCUAGUCCUGGAGAAAAGGGUGAAAUGCACGUGGUUCCUGUCCAAUUGGGUUUAGUUUGUGCUUUGAGCUCCAUUAGAGUAUCUAUCCCCUCUGAUCUUCGACCAAUAGAGGCAAGACAAAGUAUAUUGUUGGCAGUGCAGGAGCUGGGAACACGAUUUCCCAAAGGCCUUCCUAAGCUUGAUCCGAUUAAGGAUAUGGGCAUACAGGACCCAGAGUUUGUUGAAUUGGUCAACAAAAUUGAGGGACUAGAACAGAAGUUAGUUGCUCAUCCGCUUCAUAAGUCCAUUCAAGACGAGAAACAUUUCAAGACUUUCCAAAGGAAAGCACAGGUGAAUCAUGAGAUUCAGCAACUCAAAUCUAAGAUGCGGGAUUCGCAGAUCCAAAAAUUCAGAGAUGAGUUGAGAAAUCGUGCACGGGUGUUAAAGAGGCUUGGCCAUAUUGAUGCUGAUGGUGUUGUUCAACUGAAGGGUCGGGCUGCCUGCUUGAUAGAUACUGGUGAUGAACUGCUUGUUACCGAGCUAAUGUUCAAUGGUACAUUUAACGAACUUGACCAUCAUCAAGUUGUGGCUUUGGCCAGCUGCUUCAUUCCUGGGGAUAAAUCUAGUGAGCAGAUACAUUUGAGAACUGAGCUUGCAAAGCCAUUACAACAGCUUCAAGACAGCGCAAGAAGAAUUGCUGAGAUUCAACGUGAAUGCAAGUUGGAAGUGAACGUGGACGAGUACGUGGAAUCAACUGUACGGCCAUAUUUGAUGGAUGUUAUCUACUGUUGGUCCAUGGGUGCAACUUUUUCCGAGGUGAUUGAAAUGACUGAUAUUUUUGAGGGGAGCAUUAUCAGAUUGGCGAGGAGAUUGGAUGAGUUUUUGAACCAGUUGAAAGAUGCAGCUCAUGCUGUGGGGGAGGUGGACCUAGAGAACAAGUUUGCAGCUGGUAGCCAAAGCCUUAGGCGUGGCAUCAUCUUUGCCAACUCUCUUUACCUGUAAGGUGUUUCCAGUCUGUGUGUGACAGACACAUGAGUUGUUUUGCUCUCUCUAAGGAAGUGAAGCAGAAAAAAGGAUGGGAAAAAAAAUAGGUGAGGUUGGAUUCUUUUUUUUUGGGGGGGGAAAGGGGGGGGGGUUUGGGUUUUCUGGGUGUCAAACAAUGGUGUAUUUGUGACUAGGUCAAACAAUGGUGUAUAUGUGACUAGGCUAAAGCUCGAGUUAACCAAGAUGUCAAAAUGAACCAAUGGGAAGUGGCCCUGAGCUCGAAAAAUAUAAAAGCUCAAGUUCUUAUUUUCUCCUUU